AUUUCGAGAGACCCGUUGCGCGGCCCGCGGCUCCCCGCUCCGCACGCCUCCAGUGUUGCCCGAGGACUCCACCUGAUCGAACUACUGCCCCGUGGGUUACAGACGGCGAAACGACGGCCACGGACUUCUUCCGAAUCAUACAGCUGGACAACAAAACUGGACGCCGCUCAACUUCAGAUAGCCCGGGUGACACCACUUAAACAGUCUGGGUGGAGCCAAACUAUUUUUCUUUGAUCCCUGAUUGGACCGCUGCAGCACACAACGGGAGCGUUCUUGGAUAAUCUGUCGCCAAGUGUGGAGCGUGUGGCCGACGCGCUAUGGGCGACAGGUGCCGGUGCUGCCGUCGGAGCUUCCGAGGCUCCUCUAGCAGAGCCAUCAGCACGCUGCCCCAUCCGAGGUCUCCACACACGCAGACCAGCUUGGGCUGUUCGCUGCCGCCUCUGGGCGCACUGCCGUCGGCGCCGGACAUCAGCCUCUGUGACGACCGCAGGGACGUCGUGGUCCUCGUCGGCCCGGAGGAGCGCAGGUUUCCGGCCCACGAGAAGGAGCUACGCAAGAGCCCGGUGCUCGAUAACCUCCUUCGUCACGCCCAGCGAGUCGGGGACGGCUGUGCGGUAGCGGAGUUGCGGCUUCCCAAGAUGCAGCCGGACGUCUUUGUUAAGUUACUUGCGUUUUUGUAUUCACAAGAGGUGUACCUGGACUGCGUGGCAUCAACAUUGGCCCUUGUGCACGCUGCCGACGAGUACAUGGUGCCCGAACUUUUUACCUGGUGCUUGAACUACUUACUUACACACGUUGACGCGGAUAACGUUCUCGAGGUCUUGACUCAAUUGUCGCUCAUCACUGGCAAGGUGGAGCCGCAGGAGAACCUUCUAAAUGAAGUCAAGGACCGUUGUAAAGACCUGAUAGACCUCAACGCCGAAUGGUUGCUAUCUAGCGACCAAUUCUGUGACCUACCUCAACCCCUCGUGACCGACCUGGUGGCUAGGAGUUCUCUACGAGUGAAAUCCGAAAUCUCGGUGGCCAACGCCCUGGUCCGCUGGGCAACCCAGGCAUGUCUCAAGCAGAGGCUCGAUCCCACACCCGAGCACAGGCGGGCUCUGCUCGGAGACGACGCUAUCCACGUUAGAUUCUUUCAGUUAAACGAGGAAUUCCUUCGAGAUCCGGUGGCUCAAAGUCUUCUGGAAACGCGGGACCUAAAGUUAGUCUUGGACUACAUGAACAAGCGACUCAAGGCUGAGCAGCUGCCGCAACACCUACGAUACAACCUUGGUCUCUCCGAGCGCCGUCUUGCAGCCCUCAAGGGCCCCGUGCAGGGAAUCUCGAAACCUGGAAACCAUCUUAAGGUGGCAGCUCCACGGCAGCGCAAGACUGUCUGUCAGAGAUUCAAGAAAGGCUUUGGAACGGUGGCAUGGGCAGUCAUCGCCUUCCUUGACUGAUGACCGUUGUAAUAGACACUCACGCCUGCCUUGGGUGACCAUGAACAGUGAGCGCGAACGUGUUAGCUCUAUGAGGCCAUCACGGAAGGAGUGACCGUGCCUAUUACGUAUUUGGUCCUUAUCGAGACCUCCAUUGAACCUUUGUGCGUGUCGGCAAAAAUAGUUCUACGAUACGGGGAGGCAUUUACGGGUUUAUGAACGCUACAUCGUCUACCCAACUUCAAUCGACGAUUGCUUAUGGUGCUUAUUAUUGAUUGAAUAGUGCCGUAAUUGAUCAAAUAACGAGGGGCACUUGUCAUACACUUCCCUGUAUAAAGCAAUGCCGGCAUUAUGAGAGGCAAAAACAUGGGUCAGCUUGAUGUAAGUCAUCGAUCAGUUGCGAACUCAGCAUGCAGUGAUGUCGUUGGGAUGGGAGGACACGUGGGAUAAGGACGAAGUUGGUGUCGACCCGCAGCACUGUUUGAACUUGUAAACAUGACUCGUUUUGAAUAUUUAAUGUGUGCGGUGCUCGCUCGUAAGUUCAGUUGGAAGGCAAUUAGAUCUGGGGGUAGGAUGAUUUGUGUUAUGUUAGAUGACAUCCCGGUCCUCAGUGAUAAAGACCGCUGCUCAUGGUUAUUUCUAGUGCGCGCCAAUUCGGUUACCUAUUGGUUAGUUUUAGAAGCUGUUUUGCGAUAAUGCCCAUGUAUCAGUGCACAUCCUGGGAUUUAAUGCCGCGAGCAGCGCAUGCUCUCAUUUUUUUUUGUGGAAAAAAAUUUAAACCGAACAUCCCGAACAAAAAACGUACCCCGUGGGAGUUUUAAGCCGCUUACAACCGCCCCGUUGCCAUAGCAAUCAGUAAAAAGUUUAACGCCGCAAGUCGUUGCCGUCGCACUCGGUCGAACUCACGCAAGUGUGUGAGCCAGCCUUAAGUUCGUACGUAUCGCAGUGAUGACCACAAAAGCUUUGUGUGAUCUUGAAAAUGUUUAUAUAAUCCAACACUCCAGAAAAAUGCUUCCGAGACUUUAUUUAUUUUGCUUGCCACUCAAGCAAUCUGAAUGCCGGCGUUUUUGGGUAUAUUAGUACAGUCGCAUUGGUACCUUAAAACAGAGUGCGCACAAUAGAAGGUACAGUGGCGCUUGUUUAUCAUUUGUUUGUUUUGGUAUUUCGCAGUAGAAAUUAGGCGUAACUUUAUGAUCUUAUGUAUGAAAAAAAAAAUUGAAAAUUUUGCGAGCGUUCUUUUCUUGCUGAGCUCGGUUAGUCGUAACAAAUCUACAAGGAUUUCCUAAAACAUUUUAGAGUUUGUUUUCCCUCAAAAAAUAAACUACACAUCGCCGAACGCUGAUUCUCCGCCCAAAUGUAGCCCUAGCGGUGCGAACACGAAAUACCAAAGUUUCCGAACUAACCACUAUCUAAUUCAAACGCUAUAAGAGAUGUUCCCAUAUUUGCAAUGGAAAAAUGAUGGCCGACGGAGCCUGGAAUACACGGAGCUGAAUGACGCCAGUUACGGACAACUGGCGAAUACGGGCUUCACUUUCUCAGUGAAAUUUUGAGGAAAGCAGAUAUAACUUUGGAAUGGUGUAACGGUUAGUUCAGAAACUUUGGCAUAUGGUUCGGACCGCUGGUUCUGCGUUUGGGCGUAGAAUGAGCGUUCAGCAGCGCGUUGUUUACUUUUACUGUAAAAAGACGCUGUAAAUUCUUAAGGGGGGGGGGGGGAGGGGGAAGGAAAGGGGACGCGCUGUACCUUCUCAUGCGGGAUCGUAAUCUUGAUAAAUUUGUUUCUCUCAGGACUACAUGUGUCCUACUUAUUACCUGGUAUGAACUAAUCGAACGAAACUGCCUUAUAAAAAUAUUAGUUCGAUUGAAUUGCGAAUGACGUCCACUGCUCAUACGUUUCAAUUAAUUGCAUCCACAAUUGGCAUAUCACGUGCUGCUCGACGUAUCUCUAUCUCUGGAUUUAGUGAAAAAUCAUGUUUCCGGAAGAAAUAUUGAUUUCCAGCGUCGAUUAUAAUUUUCUAUUGUCACGUAGCCAACGUAUUUUGUUUGGUAUCACGUUUUUAACCCAUUGAAACAAGACUCAAAAUUAAACCCUCACAUUACAGGGGCGUAGCCAAGCCUGAAUCAUAUUGUUUUUUUUUAAUUGUCUGUAUUCACUCCAUAAAUGCUUUGAAUUUUUACAAAAGUACAAGAAAAACAACAUAAAAAAAAAACAACUUUGAGGGAUGAACAGCUGGAAGCUAAAAGAAACUUACCAACUGAUAUAAAGCUUAAAUGAGGCAGAUAUAUACUACAAAACAAAAGUGGAGGCAACUCGGCGUGUCUCUUAUUUUAUGCUUUGAUAUAGAAUAUAACAUUUUGAUAGUAAAGAGCUUUUUAAUGCCAGGCGGUCUACUUCCAUAAAUAUAAGAACGUGAGACAAUACCUACUUUGGGCGAUGAACGAAUGUUCUGGUAUUUGCAAUAGCCAUUCGUUAGUUGUCUUCAAUAUAUGUUGUGAUCAUUUCAGCCAACGUGCGGCUGAUUGGUUAGGUCGACAGAAAUAAUAUAGCAUUUUCUCGGGAACUCUAUGAUCUCUAGAGAAUUGCUGUGCAAUGCUGAUCUUGAUUUCUGCUCAGUCCUUGUCUUUCGAUGUUGUUUCGUUACUGUUUUGUUCUUAGAAAAUACCUGACUGAGAUGCGAGGCCCCUUUCACUAUCCUUGUCCACAAGAUUGUGAUUGCGAUGGCGUUAACAAUGGUGCAAGUAAAUUCUUUAGAAAAACAACUUUAGACUGUUUGAAAAAAAAGAAGAAACAACAUCUCUGUUUUUAAAGCAUUUGUGAUUAUCGGGAUAACUAAUAUGCCUCGACUAAAAUCUCCUGUUUCCUCAGGCUUUACAGUAAACCACACGAUGUUCAAUAUUAUAUAUUCUUAAAGUGCGAUUUUGCAACUGUUAUGUUUGCAUGAAGCGAUAAUUCAACAAUUACGCUGGUGGCCAUAGAAUAAUACAUCUUAGCUUAGGUUGCGCGUGAAUCUCUAAAAUGUAAUGAGCAUGAAACAAUGGGGCAUACUGCUUAAAUUAAGGGUGUUUUCAUACAUGCGGUGAUGUUUGGUGUUCCAACGUCCUUACCUUGUCUAGUCACUUAAUAGGGAGUUUUAGGGAACCGUUUCUGCACGUCCGAUACGAUACGAUGCGCCCUCCGGUACGAACUGCGCAUGCGCGGAUCAUCUCCGCUAGCGCAUGCGCAGUUCAUACCGGAGGGUCUAUCGUGUUGUAUCGGAUGUGCAACAACGGUUCCCUAGAACUCCCUAAUUAGCCAAUGGUGUAUUGUACUCGUAGCGGCAUCCAAGUCAAUUUAUGCGCUGUUGUUUUGUUGUGUUUUUGUUAUGUUUGUGUGUACAGCGUCGAUGGGUGAAAAAGUCACCGAGAGGUCCUGGAAACUUCAUGUAGAAUGCUGCCAAAACUUGAUUGAAUUGUUUAGUUCAUUUCAUUUUUUUUUUGGGAGUGUGUGGCAUUUCAGAAACAUUUGUUUGUCUAGUCUCGCAUUUUGCUUCAAAAUGCUCGCAAAUAUAUUGCUCGCGCAUUUCUCUUGUAUAUUUAUUGCUGGAUGUAUAGGUCUGUGAGAAUUUUUAAGAUAUAGUAAAUGUUUGUACAAAUG